AUGCCCUCUGAAUGGUUGGAUAAUUCAAUUGCUAAUGAACAUAUUAAAUUUUAUGACAAAUCGAAUUUCAAAAAUAAGCAGUUCAUAGGAAGAGGUUCAUAUGGAACCGUUUAUCGAAUUAACUGGAAAAAUAAACAUAUUUUCGCUUUGAAAACUUUUAAUAAUGAUCAAGAAGCCACUAAAGAAGUUGUGAAAGAGUUGAAGCUACACCGAAAAGUUAAUAAUCAUAAAAACAUUAUUCAAUUAUAUGGUGUCACAAUGUUAGAACCAAGUGAGCAUUAG